CUCUGCAUCGCUCUCCCACGCAUGCCCGAGGCAAGGCAAUUAAGCUAAGGUCUAGGCCAUGAACAGCACGAGCAAAGCCAUGCUGCUAGUCUCUCGUUCUGCAGGCAGCAGCAGCAGCCGCUUCAAUGUGGUGCCAAUCCUGCUCGUCUUCGCCUUAGGAUAUGCCCUGGGCUUGAUCUCCAACUCCACCUUCCAAAACCUCUACCUCGACCUCCCAGCAUUUUUCUCGGCAACACCAUUGCAGCACCCUUCUCUGGUAUUGUCGAGCUCGCCGCCAUUGCCGUCGCCGCCGGAGAGAUCACUACCGUGCAUGGGGUUCACGGACGACUUGUUCCUCUCGCCUAACGGCGGCGGCAUGCACAACAUGACCGACGAGGAGCUCUUCUGGAGGGCUUCCAUGGCGCCCAAGGUCGCCCGCAAGCCACGCCGCCUUGUUCCCAAGAUUGCCUUCCUGUUCCUGACCAAGGGGGAGCUGCCGCUGCGGCCUUUGUUGGAGAAGUUCUUCGCCGGCCACGACGGGCUUUACUCCAUCUACGUGCACGCGAGCCCCGACUACACCGGCUCGGUGCCAACGGACUCUGUCUUCUAUGGGCGCAUGAUCCCCAGCCAGAAAACGAAAUGGGGAGAUCCGACACUAGUGGAUGCGGAGCGGCGGCUGCUAGUGAACGCGCUCCUGGACGUAUCCAACGAGCGGUUCGUUCUUCUGUCGGAGUCGUGCAUCCCGAUCUAUAACUUCCCCACAGUGCGCACCCACCUCUUGGGCUCCGUCGGCAUCAGCUUCGUGGACAGCGCCGACGACCACCGGAACCGCGUGCGCUACAAUCCUGUCUAUGGGCGCCACAACGUGUCCCUCUAUGUCUGGCGGAAGGGCAACCAGUGGUUCGAGAUGGACCGUGCCCUCGCCCUCGAGGUGGUCACGGACGAGACCAUACUCCCCGUGUUACGUGACCACUUCGACCCUAGCUAUGGCGCCGUCAUUGAUGAGCACUACUUGCCGACGUUGGUGAGCAAGCUGGAGUUGAGUGCACACAUCGCCAACCGCUCGCUGACGUACCAUGACUGGUGCCCCGGGACAUCGCACCCAUGGACUUUCGGUGCUGAUAACGUGACAGAGGAGCUGUUCGGGAAGAUGAAGGGAGGCGCUAUAAACUGCAGUUACAAUGGCAGGGUCAGCGACAUUUGCUUCCUUUUUGCGCGCAAGUUCUCUGCAGGCGCGUUGGGCAAGCUGCUCGAGCUGGCUCCCAAGAUUAUGGGUUUUGGGUGAGCAAUCGAGAAUGACCAUUUGUACUCGGGAGCAAUAUUUAAGUGAUGUGCCUAGUAGAACUAUUCAUGAGCUCCUCGUUGAGAAUUGUAAAAAUAAAAACCUUAUUCCCUAACUAAUAAAUCAUUCAUGUACCCACAAAAAAAAUCAUUUUUGCUGGCCAGGGGAAGAAAGAGAAAGGAGGAGGAAAAAAAACAACUUGGCUCGUGUAUGAAGUCCCGGCUAACAAUCAUUUCUGUCAUGAGAGAAUUCCAUAUUUGCACUAAGAAUUUGGCCGUAUGGCCAUGAGAA